AUGGCGGAUAUUGCAAGCCUCAACCGGCACCUUGCUUCGUUGCAGGCAAGCCCGACCACCAUUGACCUGCUUCGAGACCUGCAUACGCAAGCGCUCACCGAGCCCCCAUACGUCAGUACGGACAAUCAACCCGUCUCUGUCGCCCUUGACAGAUUUGUUGCUCUUGAGCCGGACAAAUGCGCUCUUGUUUACUUGCUGUUGCGUGCAGCCGGCGCGAGAUACGUUGUCGAAGCCGGGACCUCCUUUGGCGUUAGCACGAUUUGGCUUGCUCUUGCCGUCGGGCAGAAUGCGGGACUCCAAAACUCCGAUGGCAUUGUCAUCGCCACAGAGAACGAGCCAACCAAGGCUAGCAGAGCCCGAGAGCACUGGAAGCGGGCCGGGAGAGAUGUUGAGAAGUGGAUUCGUUUGAAAGAGGGGGAUUUGCGGGAAACACUCAAGACAGAUGUUCCUGAACAGAUUGACUUUCUGCUUCUGGAUAUCUGGUCAGCUUUGGCUCUUCCCACGUUGAAGGUUAUCAAGACUCGAUUGAAGCCUGGGGCAUUGAUUGUGGCAGACAAUGUUGUCUCUAGCAAGGAUGGAUACGCGGAUCUCAUUGCGUACCUGGAUGACCCCAGGAACCGAUUCAAGACUACUACUGCGCCAUACUCUGGCGGGCUCUUGGUAGCAGUAUAUACCGGCAAUUAG